UAAACAGUGUUUUCCUAGUUGGAGAAAUUAUAAUAAUGGAUUCUCAUGCAACUAGUGUUCCAAGAUGGACACCUAGCCCGAGCCCGAUCAAGAAGCCCGUCAUAAGCCACGAUACUAAUACUGAUGAAAUUACGCCGGCGGCCAACAGCUCGAAACUGGGUUUUCCGUUCAGCAUCCGCCGCCCGUCUUCCGAUGCUGGCUCCGGCAAUGGAGCGGCGCCGGAGGCCGCGUUGGGAAAUUUGGGAGGUGGGAUUUACCUGACGUGGAAGGAUUUGUGGGUGACGGUGCCGGAAAAGAAGGCGGCGGCGGCGGAGGGGCGGCGGCCGAUUCUGAUGGGAGUUAGCGGUUACGUUGAGCCUGGUGAGGUUUUAGCUGUCAUGGGGCCUUCUGGUUGUGGAAAGUCUACUCUUCUCAAUGCAUUGGCCGGGAGGCUAGAUUCUAACACAAGACAGAAGGGAGAUAUUCUAAUCAACGGCCGAAAGAAAGCACUAGCAUUUGGCACUUCUGCAUACGUGACUCAAGACGACACGUUAAUGACAACGUUGACCGUACGAGAAGCGGUCCACUACUCCGCCCUCCUCCAGCUCCCAAACACAAUGUCCAACUCCGAAAAGAAAAAACGGGCCGAAGACACUAUCAAAGAGAUGGGCCUACAAGACGCGGUGGACACGAGAAUCGGAGGGUGGAGCGUGAAAGGGCUCAGCGGUGGACAAAAGAGGAGAGUGAGCAUUUGCAUCGAGAUACUGACAAGGCCCAAACUUCUAUUUUUGGACGAGCCCACGAGCGGUUUGGACAGUGCUUCUUCUUACCAUGUCAUGAGCCGUAUUAUUAAAAUCGUGCGGCAGGAUCGACGGACGGUCGUUGUCUCGAUUCAUCAGCCGAGCGGGGAGGUUUUUGAUCUCUUCCAUAAUCUUUGCCUUUUGUCAUCUGGCAGAGUUGUUUACUUUGGUUCGACUUCGGCUGCAAAUUCGGUAACGUUUUUCACUUCAAUCUUUUUUUUCAACGAAAAGUAUAUUAUUCCGAUCAAACACGUCCGAUUUCCACUUUUAUAA